UUAUCUGACAUGUGAUAUCCUUUUGUCAGGUCAACUACCCGAAAUUCAACGCCUUCGUCAAACUCCUCACCCGCGCCGAGGCCGAUCUGAUCAAGGAGCGGUUUCAUAAGUAUACGUUCAGUGGGAGCAUGUUGAAGCUCGGCUGGGGCUGCGGCUACGGCCCUAAAGAAUUCUUCGACUACACAACCGGCGAGACUCUAUUCCCGCUCGCCCGCAUGUCGGACGUCGAGCGGCGCACCAUCUCCCAAUCCCCGCGCGGCGGCGGGCAGGUCGAGGGCGGGAUGGUUGUUGAAGAGCCCGAUUUUGGGUGGCCGCAGAAGGGGGAGGUUAUCAAAGGGAAAUAUGCGGGAGGGGAACUCGUGCAUGCGCCGGGGUAUUUGGCGGCGGUUGCGCAGAGGGAACGGGGAGGUUUCAAUAAUCAGGCGACUGGGAGUGGGCCCGGGGCCGGCGCGGGUGGAUUUAGCGCGAGGGGUGGGAUGGGUGGGGCCGGUGCUGGCGGCGUAACUGCGAUGAACAUGAACAUGGGCAUGGCAAUGGGGAUGGGCAUGGGAAUGGGAAUGGGCAUGCCGACACGCGGGAUGAUGCCCGGCUUCAGCGGAGGCAUGGGCAUGCCCCAACAACAACAGCGCGCGUCGUAUCGACAACAAAAUCAACCCGGCGGCGGCGGCAGCCCCGGCGGAAUCAUGGUCGUCGCGGACCGCCAAUACGACGAACGGCAAGAAUCGUGGUCCCGCCCACGACAGGGGCAGCAGGAUCGCGGGGAAGAGCAUGUUGUCGUCCUUGGCGGCGGCGGUGGGGAUGACGACGAUGAACAUACCAAUACCCCUGCUCCGAUGAAGAAAGAAGAACCCGACGCACCCGACCACCAUCAUCAAGCAACCCACAAUAAACCAAUGCAUCACGGCGGUCCCAACAACACGAACUUCCGCCACCGCCUCCCACCCACCGGCGCAGGCAUGCCCCCACCCGACUUCUUCCCCUUCCCGCCCUUCGGUAUGCCGGGAAUGCCCAUGCCGCCACCAGGCAUGCGUCCGCCCCCGCACCACUAUCCUCGACCUGGGAUGUGGGAUAUGCCACCCAUGGGACCGAUGGGCCCGAUGCCGCCGCAUAUGGGUAUGCCGCCGCCACAUCAUUUUGGGGGGAUGGGGCGGAAGAGGGAGAGGGAUGAGCGGGGACCGGGUGGGAUGGGUGGAGGGAGGGAGAGAGAGGAGGAACAUUCGAGGGAUGGAGGCGAUGAGGAGGGGAGGAGGAUUAGGGGGAGGUGGGAUUGAGGAUAGAGGGUUUCGCGCGGGCUUUGUAUUUGUAUUUGAGGAAUAUAAGAUUUGGUUUAUCUUUCGAUGCCUUCUAGCGAUGCCUACUCGAGAUCUAGAGAUCUAUCCUUGGAGAGAUAUGGCACCACACCACUUCAUAUUACCGCAAUGGUCCCCGUCCUUCCUCAGCUCGCAUCAGGCAGAUGGACCAUAUCUCAUUACGA